GGAUGUUUGUCAGCGGGAUACCGUAUGUCCUGGCGCCAAUGAUCUAUCAAGAUUGCGACCCUGUUGCUGAGGGGCAUCUCUAUUAAUAGAUGAGUUGGGUCUGGAAGUUCGUAUACAACAGCUUGGCUCCAAAAAGUUCUGCGGCUACUAUUCUGCUGAUGGCUUGAGGCGGGAGUUGGGAUUCCUGGCAUUUGUUUGCAGUUUGUGCGGUAGCCGAUUAGUGACGUCCGUAUGUGCGCUCGUGUGGUGAUUGUUUCGUUCCAUUCAUCGUUUCCAUUGUAAAAUUUUCGCUAAAACCAAAAUGGAUGAUAUUGAGACAGUAGAAUCUGCUCCACCAGAAAGACUUCAAACAGCUGAUAAGAAGAGUGAACGCCCUUAUUCGCUCAUGUUGAGAAAAUUUACUGCAGAUGUAUGUCAUUUUCUUUUAGUUCCAAAUACUGAGCCCAACACUGUUUAAUGCAUCAACUGCAUUACUGGCAUUGAAUUGUGAGAAUCUGAUUACAAGCAGACUAAGAGUCUGGAAGUGUCAGCAUGUUUUUCUUACAAGAUACGUGUCAUUCGUACUGGUAACACGUUCAUCAAUAGACGACUGAUAAUCAAAAAACCUUUUCAAGCAUGUUGAAAGAGGACUUUCAAGAGGGCAAAACACAAUUUAAAUAGUAAAUGACAAAGAAAUUGCCUUUUCUCGGUUCGUUUUGGUGGACAGCAGUAUAUAUAAUGUUUGCAGACAAACAUACAGAAUGGAAGAAAAUGCUGGCAACGCUGCUUCAGGCUGAAAGAACAGAGAGAUUUUAGUUACGUUGUCAAUUAUAUGUCAAAACUGGAUGAUAAAAAUUGAGCGUAAUCGAACUAAAAUGCCCGGAAGGAGCUCAAAAAAAGUUUCCUCUAUGCUUACAAGGGGCAGGAAAAACUUUUUCAAGGACGGCCUCAUCACUGGUUCCGGCAUAGGCGAACCUAGUCUUUAUCAUGCACUGGUGGUCAUCUUCCUGGAGUUUUUUGCGUGGGGAUUGCUUACCACUCCAAUGAUCACAGUUUUAAAUGAAACUUUCCCUGAUCACACUUUUCUCAUGAAUGGACUAAUUGUAGGAAUCAAGGGAUUGCUUUCGUUUCUAAGUGCACCACUUGUCGGUGCAUUGUCGGACGUAUGGGGGAGAAAGUUCUUCCUUGUGGUGACAGUGUUCUUCACUUGCGCCCCUAUUCCUUUAAUCCAUAUAAACACAUGGUGGUAUUUCGCCAUGAUUUCCAUAAGUGGCGUUUUCGCUGUAACGUUCUCUGUCGUUUUCGCAUACGUGGCCGAUGUCACUGACGAAAGCGAACGCAGUGCAGCAUACGGAUUGGUGUCCGCAACAUUUGCUGCCUCGCUGGUAACGUCACCAGCAUUGGGAGCUUAUCUUGGCCGUGUCUACAGCGAAACUUUAGUAGUAGCGAUUGCGACUGCGGUUGCACUCCUUGAUGUAUUCUUCAUUUUAGUUGCGGUUCCCGAGUCACUGCCCGAGAAAGUUCGACCCUCUUCGUGGGGAGCACCAAUUUCAUGGGAACAGGCAGAUCCCUUUGCUGCGUUGAAAAAGGUUGGCAAAGAUAACACGAUUUUGAUGCUAUGCGUCACUGUCUUUCUCUCUUACUUGCCCGAAGCCGGCCAAUACUCCUGUUUUUUCGUAUAUCUGAAACUGGUCAUGGGAUUCUCGGCCGAAGCUGUAGCGACUUUCAUUGCCGUAGUCGGAGUGCUCUCUGUUUUCGCUCAGACGGCAGUUCUUGGACUACUUAUGAGAACAGUUGGAGCCAAAGCAACGAUUUUAAUUGGAUUAGUGUUUGAGAUGCUGCAGUUGGCGUGGUACGGAUUUGGCUCACAAAUGUGGAUGAUGUGGUCGGCUGGUGUUUUAGCUGCCAUUUCAAGCAUUUCCUAUCCGGCUAUUUCUGCUUUUGUGUCCAUGCAUGCGGAUGCUGACAAACAAGGCCUAGUACAAGGAAUGAUCACUGGAGUGCGCGGUCUUUGUAAUGGACUAGGCCCAGCUCUUUACGGGCUGAUUUUCUACCUCUUUAAUGUCAAUCUGAACGACAAAGAUGCCGUCAAACUUUCACACCAUAGUUCGCACAGCAAUGAAACAACACACAUUGAAGAUAUUUCAUUGAUUCGGGCUCUUCCGGGUCCACCCUUCGUAUUUGGGUCGUUCUUAGUGGUUUGUGCUUUGUUAGUCGCCUUCUUCAUCCCAGAAGGCCCGCUGGGAUCAACGCUUAAGUCAAACGCUCGGAGGUCAUCAGGACCCACCGAAACACCUGUAGAUGAAAACAUAGGAGGUCCAACUUUGGUGCCCUUGAUGCAUCCGUUGUCGUUGGAAGAAGAGAUUGCGGCCUUGUAAAUAGCACACGUACGACGAGAAGUCAAGCUGGAAUGGCUUACGCAAUCUGAAAAGCUUUUCUUCUCCUUUUGUUAUUUUGAUGGCUUUUGCAGUUGUCCGGACUGUAGAAUCUUGACAACGUUAAUCGUUGGUAUGUAUUUUGUUGCUGUCGAGUCAAAUGUUUUGUUGAAUCGGAAAAGCUAGCAUUUCGCAUUUAGCUCUUCUCUUGAUUGAUUAAGAUAUGCCGACUGACGGGUUUGGGAUAGCACCAUAUUAUUGAUUCGAUGUCCUAAGAAACUGUAAUAAAGACAUGCAUGACUCUUUGGCAAACCGGAUUCUAUUACUGCCGACCAGUGGUGUGUGCAUGUGUAUAAUGAUAAUUGUGUAAUUCAAUGGAUUUCACCGUGUAAACUAAAAUAAUCAUUUUCUCCUAAACACAAAAUGACGGAAAUACAUUCUUUAUUGGAUAUA